AUGGAUUCAAACAAUCCUUAUGGGGGUUCAGGGGGGUACUUUAGCUUAAACAAUUUCCCUUAUGACAGCUUCUCCCAAAAUGUCAACUUUGGGGCUACUCCUCCCACCCAAUUCCCACCUUUUAGCCAACAACCAUCUCAAGGCUGCCAAAACCCUUCUCCUAACCAAAACCCUUCUGGUAGCCAAAACCCUUCUCCUAACCAAAACCCUUCUCCUAACCAAAACCCAAAUCCGUUAAGGGAGAGAAGGCAGUGGAACACUUCUGAUGAUCUUGUGUUGAUCAGUGGGUGGCUGAACACAUCAAAAGAUGUGAUUGUGGGCAAUGACCAAAGGUCAGGGACCUUUUGGAAAAGGAUUUCUGACUAUUAUGGAGCUAGUCAGCAUGUGUUGAAUGGUGCAGAACGAAGACUGCCUGAUCACUGCAAGCAGAGAUGGGGAAGGAUAAGCAAAGAAGUCAGCCACUUCUGUGGAGCUUAUGGUACUGUUGAGGCUGAAAAAGCAAGUGGCAUGAAUGAUGUAGACGUUCUCAAGAAUGCUCAUACAAUCUACAUGUCACUUUACCAGAAAAAGUUUGGUCUCGAGCAUGCUUGGGUGGAGUUGAGACAAGAACAGAAAUGGUGUAGUCUAGGUGUUAUGAACCCUAGUAGCAACACAUCAAGCAAGAUAAGGAGAGGUGAGGAUGCUCCACAAUCUUCACAUGGUUCGAUUGCAAAUCAAACAGAGACCAGACCCGAAGGAGUGAAGGCGAUGAAAAGUAAAAGGUUUAGGGGAAAAGACAAAGCUCCACCUGUUAAAGACUAUCCUCAGCUUCUUGGUCAAACCACGGCUCGUAAGUGUUUGGAAAAUUUUGUCGUCGGAAUUGUUGACUUGUUUGGCGAUGAAUACCUAAGGCGUCCUACACAAGAAGAUCUCGAAAGACUACUUUAUAUUGGCGAACAACGGGAAUUUCCAGGGAUGGUUGGAAGCAUUGAUUGUAUGCAUUGGGGGUGGAAAAAUUGUCCAACCGCAUGGAAGGGUAUGUAUUCUCGAGGAACUGGAAAGCCAACUAUUGUUUUGGAGGCGGUUGCUUCACAAGAUCUCUGGAUAUGGCAUGCUUUUUUUGGAGCACCAGGUACUUGUAAUGAUUUGAAUGUUCUUGAUCAAUCACCGGUAUUUAAUGACAUUAUACAAGGUCAAGCCCCUCAAGCAAACUACUAUGUCAACGGAAUGGAGUAUAAUAUGACUUACUAUCUUACGGAUGGUAUUUAUCCCGACUGGGCGACAUUUAUUCAAUCUAUCCGACUACCACAAACCCCGAAACAUUCUUUGUUUGCAAAACGUCAAGAAUCUGCACGGAAAGAUGUUGAACGUGCAUUUGGAGUCCUUCAAGCAAGGUUCACCAUGGUUAAGAAUCCAUGUCUUCUAUGGGAAAAAGGAAAAAUCGCUUAUAUUAUGAGAGCAUGUCUCAUACUUCAUAAUAUGAUAGUAGAAGAUAAACGACAUUCAUACACUCUAUUUGACAACCAAGAAUUCGAAGAAGGUGCCCCAGAUAUAACGUUUUCGAACAACAUGGCUACAAAUCUCGACGGUAUAGGUGAUCGUCGCAGAAGAAUACGUGAUAAACAAGCACAUCACCAAUUAAAAGAGGAUUUGAUUGAGAAUAUAUGGACAAAAUUUGGACAUCUUCCAAAUGAUUAAAUACGUUUUUAAAUAUUGUAUCAUUUAAAUAAAAUGUUAAGUGCUUUCAUUU